UAACCCCAAAGGCAAUUACCAUCUGAGCAGAAAUGUUCAAUCAAAAUUUUUCUAAGGCCAAAUAAUUAGUUUGAACGAUCUGAGCUCUUCUCGACCAAAAUGCCUGAGAAUUAAAAUUUCUCAAUUGUCUCUUCACCCGAAAAAAAAAUCGAAUUCAAUUAUCAACUCCAAUGGUAACUGUCAUUCCAACUGCAGAAUAUUUAAGCCUCAAGGUCUUAAAUUAUGAAUAAUUGCGAGUAAUGUCAUUGAAAAAUUGAAAUGAAUUAUUUUGAUGAAAUUUCGAUGAUUUAUGGAGAUAUGACCGACAAAGGAUAUGUCAGCAUGAGGUACUUUCGUGAGAAACUUCCUCAUGCAGUCCUGCCACCUACCGUUGUGUCUCUAAAUCAUUCCUACCCACACCAAUUGAUCCACGAGAAUUCACAUUGUCAAAACCCCAGGAAAAUGUUAAACGCUAUUAGAAUAAAAUAAAUAUCGUAAUUUGGGGAUUUAGUAAUUGAACAACGUUUAUGAUGCGCAAGUGUAGAAUUCCAAACUGUCCAGCAGGACCCAACGAGACCGUCUUUAAAUUACCCAGUAAUUGUAUUGCUCGGGAGAAGUGGAUCAUUGAAAUUCGUAAAGUGUAUCCUAACCUACGUGUAACUAACACAUUUAUCAUCUGCGGAAGACACUUCAGAAGUAUUGAUUUCGGUUUCACUGUUAAUGAUGGAAAGGGAAAUGUCAUCUACCAGGAUUUAUAUCCAGGGAAGAGACGACUCAAACGUGGAGCUAUACCUGUUCUAGACGAAGAUUUGGAGAAUUACAUGGAAUGGAAAAUGACGGGAUGUCGUAAGAGGUUGAGAGAGGGUGUAUAUCCCAGAUUUUUCUCCUGUCAAGCGACUUCAAAAUUUGCCGCUGCAUACAUAUCACCCUGCCCUGCAACGAGCUCCAGUGAAAUUAGAAGAGAAGUACCAGUUAAAGAGGUAGAUCCCCUAGCUCUAGAUGAUCAGCCUGAGAUAAAAGAGGAGACUGAAGCGCCGGCAUUCCAGCUAGUGGAGCCGUUUAACUUCGUCGGCAUCAAAUCAGAAUCUGUGGAUCUAACCGAGGAUCCUAUUGACAACACUCGGUUGCAGUGAACGCUGUGGAUAUGCGUCAGAACCGCCAGUUAUACCUCAACACUGACUGAUGUUCAAUUAUUAUGACGUCUCAAUUACAAUUUUAUUUGUUUCAAAUGUACUUCGUAAGAUCUUUAUCUGAAGCUUUGUAGAAUCGAUCUAAAUGGUUUUUAUUUUUGAAGAUAAACAGGCAAUUCACAAGUGUUUUAACACGUGUCACGUGUACACAGACAAUUCACGUGCCAUUCAGUGCAACUAGAGUGAAAUAAUAUUUUUGAUAAUUCGUACAAACCUUCUCGAUCGAGCAAAUAUCAAUUUUAUUCGAUUGUAGAGACAGAUGAACAAACCAAUGAGGGGUUUAAGAAAAAUUAAACAAAUUUGAGAACAGCUUUCUUGAAAGUUUAUACUGAAACCUCUCGUUCCGCUCAAAAAUGUAUAAUUAUUCCCAUAAUUCAAUGCUCCAAGAAAUGACUUUAAAAUUCGUACGGAGAUUACUCGGGCAAUAUCCCGGGAAGAAAAGAGAUUCCGUAAAGAAUUUUCCUUCCCAAGGUGUCCUAAAUUUUUUCAAAGAGAAAUUACACUGAAUUUUUUCAAGUCCUGUGUAAACUUCCCAGAGGGAAAAAAUUCAGAAAAUUGUAGCAAACGAUACGUAAAUUAUUGCGUUAAUAAAUUCACGCUGUUCACUGAGCAUCAACGAUUUUAAUUACUACAGUCAUUAAUACGUAAAAAGAAAUUAUAACAUGAUAAUUUAGGUUCCUUCACUUUCCAAUUAUUGCGCAAGACAAUAUUCCCAGUGUGAUACCGUUGGAAAAAAAAUAUAUAAACCACUCUUCACUACUGACCAUGCUCCGUGAAUUCGGGCAUUCAUUGCACUUCAGUUGAAGGACUUAUGCACUUCAUACAAUACUCCAGUGAAUUCCAGUACUCAGCUCUUCCUAGGUAAUUUUUUUAUUACGUAAAUACAGUGGGAGAAAAUGCUCAGAGGAUUUAUCCGAUUGGUGCGUAAAAUGUUACGAAAAUGAGAGCAAUUGAACUCAAUCUCCGUUGUUUAUGAGCAAUAACAUUUUCGUUCGUAAAAAUUGACCGAAAAAAAUCUAUAAUAGAAACAUCGAUAUUGUACAUUUCUAGGCUAUUAUGGUAUUCUAUGCCUGUUAUGCAGAUUGUUAUUAUUGGGCAAUAAACAAUGAUCGAUUUUGGA